AUGAGUUCAUCCGCUUCGGUGCCCUUGGCACCCAUCGGCGUGCGCGGUAUGAAAGUGCUAGAUCGAGAUAAAUUCUUGCGCAACGUAAAAGUGCCAGUUCUAAAGGUCAAAGAAGAAAAUUUGUCUAAAAUAAUACGAAUCUGUAAACCUUACUUCCUUAAAUUAGAAAGUUUUAAGACCAUAACGAGUAUAGAAGACGAAGAACUCAAGAAAUGCAUCUUUUUCAACCCCGAGAAAGUGAGUCAGUGGACUGACAUUGAUGAAAGUGAUAGAACAGCUUUGUGUGAACUAAGCAUCAAAGAAGCCAAUUUUGGUGACAAGGAGAUCCAACUCACGUAUGACAAUUGGCGUUUCGAAGCAAUAUUCAAAGCAGUUCUCCCUGAGAAUGAGGAAGGGGUGAGUGGUUUCUCGCAAAUAGGCCACAUUAUACAUCUGAACUUAAAAGAACACCUGCUUGAAUACCGGCCUCUGAUUGGUCAAGUGCUGGUUGACAAAGUAAAGACAUGCAAGACUGUUGUAAACAAAUGCAAUGCCAUAGACAACACAUACAGAAACUUCAGUAUGGAAUUAAUUGGAGGUGAAGAAGACUACUUCGUAACUGUUAAAGAAAACAACUGUAUAUUCCAGUUUGAUUUCUCUAAAGUUUACUGGAAUCCUCGCUUAGGAAAAGAACACGAAAGAAUCCUUAGUUUCCUAAAAUCCGGAGAUGUUCUCUUUGAUAUAUUCUGUGGAGUUGGCCCCUUCGCUGUUCCUGCUGCCAAAAGAAAAACAAAAGUGUUUGCCAAUGACCUUAACCCAGAUUCUUUUAAAUGGUUGAAUCACAAUGCUAAGAACAACAAAAUUAACUCAGUAUAUUUCAAAUCUUUCAAUAAAGACGGGAAGGAUUUUAUUUUGGAAGAAUUUAAGGAUUAUAUCAUUGACUUAUGUAAUGGUAAAGAACAACUAAAUGGAAAGAUCCAUGUUACUAUGAAUUUACCUGCUAUGGCAGUGGAAUUCUUAAAACAUUUCAAUGGAUUAAUAAAAGACGAGAAACUGUCUGAAAAGUUAAAUAAAGAAAUUAUUGUGUAUGUCUACUGCUUUGCUUUGGGCGAAGACCAUGUUGAGAUCGCCAAGAAAAUGGUGAUUGAAAACAUUGGAUGUGAUGUUUCUUCGCUCAUAACUGACGUGUUUAAUGUGCGGAAUGUUGCUCCCAACAAGGAAAUGAUGAGAGUGACUCUUAAGUUAACCAAAGAGGUUUUGUUCAGUGAGAACUUAAGUGACAGUGUAAGUGAACCUCCUUCGAAAAAAGUGUGUGUGUAA